AUAAAAUCUUAGUUGUAUGAUUCUAUCACACAGAACAGACUCUGCUAACUUUUCAUUUCCCCCAACACCCAAUUUUCCACCUUUUCUGUCCUUCUCAGUGGGAUACAGGACUAAAAUGGACUCGAGUUCUAUUUUCGGAACAAACCAGAAAGUCAUGGAAGAAGAGCUCGAGAGGAAAGCGGAGGAGUAUCGUAACAAAGAGGAGAUAGCAAUGAUUUCUCAGCAAUGUGAAAGGGCAAAGGUUGAGUUCAACAUGGAGGUGAUUGCUGGUCCCUCUCCCAAGAUGGUUGCUGUGGAGGCUGCCAUAAGAUUAGGGGCAUCAUGGGUGAUUCUUGACAGGCAGAUGAAGAAAGAUAAGCAAUUUUUCAUGGAGAAGUUGUCAUGUGGUAUAUCGAGGAUGAAACGUAACAAUUCUGUUGAGCAAUUGAGAGGGCCAAAGCCAUUUGGGAGAAGUAAACAAGUCACCGAAAGACGAAGCAACUCAGUCACCAAAAAACGCAGCAAAGACCGCCAUGUAAAAUAUGAUGAAAUGAUACCAGGAAGCCCAGACGAGGAACUUUCUCCUAAAAGAUCUCCAAGUCUUCGAAUGACCAGUUCUGGAAAAGAACAAGAUGGUGAUGGUAGUGGACACCCAUGGCCUAACCAUAGAAAAUCUACCUCAUCAAGUGAGCCCUUGUUGACAACUAGAAUGUCAAGUGCGGGGAAUACUGAAACCAUAACUUCUUGUCUUCCCUGUCAUUAUCAAGAGGAAGAAAGCACGACAAAUACUGAAAGGGGAAAAGCAGGAGAGCAUUCCCCAUUUCCAAUUGCUGAGAGUGAAGCAAGGGUUCAAAAGGAAACAGAUAAUGCUGGGAGCCCAGAUGAAUAUAAACAGCAUAGCUACAAGGAUGAUUGGAUAGGAGAAUGUCAAACAGAUGAAGAAUUUAAAAACUCAAUUUGCACAGUUUGCAAGAACAAACGGCCAACAAUUGGAUGGAAGAGAGAUUUUACUCAUGCAGAGCUCCUAGGUGCUACAGACGGGUUUUCUGCAACGAAAUACUUGUCUGAAGGUGGAUUUGGUUCCGUCUACAAAGGAGAUCUGAAUGGACUGAAGAUUGCUGUUAAGCAACAUAAAAAUGCAAGCUGCCAAGGAGAGAAGGAAUUUGAGUCUGAAGUACACGUACUCAGCAAGGCAAGACAUGAGAAUUUGGUGAUGCUGUUAGGGUCAUGUUCGGAAGGAAACCACAGGCUCCUUGUUUACGAAUAUGUUUGCAAUGGUUCAUUGGAUAAACAUCUAUCAAACCACAGCAGAAGACCUCUUAGUUGGGAUAAGAAGAUAAAAAUUGCUACUGGAGCUGCAAGAGGCUUACAAUACCUGCAUGCAAACAACAUCAUCCACAGAGAUGUGAGGCCAAACAACAUCCUCGUGACACAUGAUUAUGAAUCCCUGUUAGGAGAUUUUGGUCUUGCAAGAAGUCAACAUGAAGACUCAGAUCGAACAUCAGAUACAACAAGAGUUGUCGGAACUCUGGGAUAUUUGGCACCAGAAUAUGCAGAAAAUGGGAAAGUGUCAACAAAGACAGAUGUUUAUGCUUUUGGGGUCAUUCUAUUACAGCUUAUCACAGGAAUGAGGCCUACUGACAAGAAGCUUGGAGGAAAAAGUCUAGUGGGAUGGGCAAGACCACUAUUAAAAGAAAGGAACUAUCCAGAUUUAAUCGACCCCAGGAAUGUGGAUUGCCACGAUGUUCACCAACUCUAUUGGAUGGUUCGGGUAGCCGAAAAAUGCCUCAGCAGGGAUCCCCAUAAGAGAUUAACUAUGGAUACUGUAUGUCCACCUGACUAAGUAGACCCUGGUUAAUGUCUAUAUGUAUGUCUGCAUCAUCAAGUCCUUUAACACAAUAAAAACUAGGACACAAGUUGAAUGCAUAUAGAUAAACAGUGGAACAAGCAUAAAGAUGAACAUUAAAUAUUAGAAUACCAACUGCUAUAUGACACUUAUAAUUAGCAUCUCCUAUUUUGCUAACAAUAAAUAUGUUGCACAUAAAUAAUAAUAAACAAGCACUAUCCCAUCAAUUGGUAGUCAUAAUCUGGGCAUUUCUCUUUGCUCAUCAUUCACAAGGAACAAUUAAAUUAAACUAAAUCAACACAUUAUACCAUCAAGUUUGAUAGGAACCUACCUGG